GAGAGAGAGGGAGGGAAGGAAUAAAUUGAGGAUGAGUCAGUCCUCACGCUGGCCUGAGCGGGGAGUUGCGAGCCCAACCCAGCGGCCCGCAGCGCCUGGGCACACGCUGAACAGGUGGUCUUUACGCGGCGGUUGAAGUCGCGGCUGUUGUCGGAUGAUGAGGAUUUCUGCGCGCUGCAAUCUUCGGGGACAUAAUGUAUCCGCAGCCGACGGAUUCUGAGAGCAGAGAGCUGUCUACAAAGUAACAGCGCUUUUCCUGGAAUCGUUGGCAAUCCUGGACGAAUAUGAAAGUGACAGUGUGUUUCGGAAGGACCCGGGUGGUCGUUCCGUGCGGCGACGGGAAUAUAAAAGUCCACAGUCUUAUCCAGCAAGCGGCGAUGCGAUAUAGAAAAGCCAUCGCGAAGGACCCAGGAUACUGGAUCCAGGUGCACCGGCUGGAGCACGGUGACGGGGGCAUCCUGGACUUGGACGACGUGCUGUGCGACGUAGCGGACGACAGAGACAGGCUGGUGGCGGUGUACGAUGAGCAGGACCCACACCACGGAGGUGAUGGCACCAGCGCCAGCUCCACGGGUAGCCAGAGCCCGGAUGUGUUCAGCAGGGUGAGCUCCGGCAGCCCGUCUGCCUUCCACCCCUACCAGAAUAGCAGCGAGAUCGAGGUCACGCCCACCGCCCUCCGUGCCAACAUGCCCCUUCACGUGAGACGUAGCAGCGACCCAGCUCUUGCGGCUCUGACGGAAGGUCCUCUCCAGGUGGACGAGCCGUCUCGGAAGAACCCCACCCGCUGGUCCACCACCGCGGGCUUCCUCAAACCCAACGGCACCAGUGGAACCAACAGUCUGGAGAGGAAGGGUAAGGGGCUACCCUCACACCACAGUCUGCCCCGUGAUACUGCGGCGUGGGCCAGUCAGUUCCAGAGAGAGAGUGGCAGCUCCUCCCUCAGUGCCAACCACCCCAUGGUGGACCGCUGGUUCGAGCGCCAAGAACAGGAUGAAGGCGGUGAUGUGAGGAGGAGAGAGGAAGGCCGGAACGGACGGAUCGAGCCAGUGGGCCGGGCCGACUCCAGUGGGGAAUCUGUCUCCCUAGAGGACAUUCUGAAGCCCGUGGAGGUGGCCAACGUCGGCGGGCCGCUCGGGAUCCACGUGGUGCCGUUCAGCUCCAGAGACCGAAGGACGCUGGGCCUGCUCGUGAAGCGGCUAGAGCGGGGAGGCAAGUCGGAGCGCGAGGCUCUCUUCCAGGAGAACGACUGCAUCGUCCGCAUUAAUAACGAUGACCUGCGCAACCUCCGAUUCGAACAAGCACAGAACUUGUUCAGACAAGCCAUGCGUUCUCCGCUCAUCCUGUUCCAUGUGGUGCCAGCAGCGAAUAAAGCACAGUAUGAACAGUUCUCUCAGACCAAGAGGCACCUGCAGUCCGCUCCAGGUCAGCCUCCUGCCCCCGCUCCAGGUCCCGCUCCAGGUCCCGCUCCGGCUCCUGGUCCGCCUCCGGCUCCCAGCCGGCUCACCCCCGACCCCAAACCCGGGGACCGCAGCAGCCUGGCAGUCGGGGGCAUCGACUACAACCCUCAGAGAAUGUCCAAAAGCGGCCUCCACCCGAAUCUCAACCAGCGGCCGCUCUCCGCCCGCCCAGAGCAGGGUGAAGCCUCUCCCGCCGGACCGGCCUCCGUCAGCCCUCCAGGCUCUGCCCCGCCCUCCACCUCCAUGGGCUUCGGCAAAAAGGUCGGCCGCAAGUUCAACGUCCAGCUGAGGAAAGGUGCGGAGGGGCUGGGCUUCAGUAUUACAUCGCGCGACGUCCCCGUCGGCGGCUCCGCCCCCAUCUACGUAAAGAACAUCCUCCCCCGUGGAGCGGCUAUCCAAGACGGCCGUCUGAAAGCCGGAGACCGGCUGCUGGAGGUAAACGGGGUGGAUCUCAGCGGGACGUCUCAGGAGGAGGUGGUGGCUCUGCUCCGCUCAACUCCAAUGGGUGGUGCUGUCGGUCUGCUCGUUGUCAGACAAGAAGAUACCUUCCUGCCUCGGGAAGUGAAAAUAGAGGACGAUGAUUUGGUGCUGACUCCCGAUGGAACAAGGGAGUUUGUGACCUUUGAGAUUCCUCUCAAUGACUCGGGUUCCGCAGGGUUAGGGGUCAGCGUCAAGGGCAACCGCUCCAAAGAGAAUCACGCGGACCUGGGAAUCUUUGUCAAGUCCAUCAUCAACGGGGGAGCUGCUUGCAAGGAUGGCCGCUUAAGAGUGAACGACCAGUUGAUAGCUGUGAAUGGAGAGUCACUGCUGGAGAAGACCAACCAGGAUGCCAUGGAAACGCUACGCAAGUCCAUGUCCGUGGAGAGCAACAAGAGAGGCAUGAUCCAGCUCAUAGUGGCCCGCAGGCUGAGCAGGAGGGCUGAGGAGCCUUCAGGAAGCCCCUCCAGGACAGAGGCAGCCCUGGGACAAGUCCACCCAGAGCAGGAGCGUCGCAUCUCCCAUUCCCUCUACCCCGCGGAUGACCCCACCAGCCCCCGGCCCACCAUCCUGGGCAGGAUGAUGGGUAACUACCAGCUGUCCCCCACCGUCAACAUGCCUCAGGAUGACACCGUCAUUAUUGAAGAUGAUGGGCCACCUAUCCUCCCUGCCCGGCUGUCUGACCGAUCGUCUUCGAGCUCCCACGAUGACAUCGGCUUUGUGGCGGAGGUGCCUAUCUCCUGGUCUACAGAUUUGCAGAACCAAGAUGAGUGCUCUGUGAGUCCAGACGCAGACACUGAUGGGGCGUUUCAGAGAGAGGGCUUCGGCAGACAGAGCAUGUCGGAGAAACGGACCAAACAAUACGGGGACGCCACUCAGCUCGACAUCAUCAAGACGCGCAAAUCCAAGAGCAUGGACUUAGUAGCCGACGAGUUUAACCUCACCCCCCGCCCAAACAGAACGGAAGGCAACACCACGCAAGACGUAGGGCCCAGUCUGGGCCUCACGAAGUCCAGCUCCCUGGAGAGCCUCCAGACGGCCGUCGCCGAGGUGACGCUCAACGGAGACGUCCCCUUCCACAGGCCCCGCCCCAGAAUCAUCCGCGGCCGGGGCUGCAACGAAAGCUUCCGCGCCGCCAUCGACAAGUCGUACGAGCGGCCCGGCGCCAGCCUUCCGGGGGAGGAGGAGGAGGAGGAGGAGGAGGAUGAGGAUGAGGGCAUGGAGACGUUGGAGGAGGACACAGAGGAAAGUUCGCGAUCUGGCCGCGACUCCGUCUCAACGGCCAACGACGUGCCCCUGGCGGCCGGCGGCGCGCCCCUCCCAGACAGCCUGGUGAACGGCGGCCGGCUCAAAGACAACAGGAAGAAGCAGAAAGGAGAGAAGGAGAAGAAGGAGAAGAACAAGUCCAAGAAAGGUGUCCUGAAGGGCCUGGGAGACAUGUUCAGGUUUGGCAAGCACCGGAAAGAUGAGCGAUGGGGAGACAAGACGGAGCGCAAAGCCAAGACCAAGGUGGAGGAGACGCAGGCCACAGAGGAAGACAUGCGGAUAAUGCGGUUGGAGAGGGAGAGGAUCCAGGCCAAGACCAGGGAGCUUCGUGAGCGGCAGGCCAGGGAGCGGGACUACGCCGAGAUCCAGGACAUCAACCGCACGUUCAGCUCAGACGAGGAGCACACCUACGCGGGCAUCGGCUCGCUGGACUCCUCCAUGGACAGCAGCCAGAGCCUGAACCAGCCCGGCAGCCCCACGGACCAGCCCCUGGAGACCCUCUACGCCCAAGUCAGCAAGCCCCACAACGGGCGCCCUCCCUCAGAAGACAGCAACAGACUGGCGCCUAGCAACCACGACCGGAUACAGCGGCUGAGGCAGGAGUUCCAGCAGGCCAAGCAGGACGAUGAGCCCGACGAGCGUCGCCGCACCUACAGUUUCCAGCAGCCAUGGGCCAGCACUGGGUCCUACAGUCAGACAGGACGACAUUCUGUUUCAGUAGAAGUCCAGAUGCAGCGGCAGAGGCAAGAUGACAGAGAUUCUUUCACACAAGCACAGAGACAGUACAACUCCUUACCCCGGCAACCACGUAAAAACCCCAGCACGGUGUCCCAGGACUCGUGGGAUAAGGUCUACCCCCCUGGUGAGGUGUUCCUGUCAGCUAAGGAUAACCCGCGCUACUCCAGCUACCAGGGUCGGCCCGGCGCUAACGGCUACCUGAGCGCCGCGCCGUCCGGGCUGAACCCCCGCGUGCUCCUCGAGACCCAAGAGUUGCUGCGCCAGGAGCAGAGGCGCAAGGAGCAGGAAGCGCAGGCCAAGCUGGGGCCCGCCCCCGCCUCCGCCUCCGCCCCUGACUCCCCAGCCCCGCCCCUGACUCCAACCUCCACGCCCUCCUACCGGCAGGACGUCCCACCGUCUCCCUCUCAGCUCGCACGCCUCAACCGGCUGCAGAGCCCCGAGAAGGGACGGCCCUUUUACUCCUGAGGGGCGGAGCGGGGGGGGGGGGUGGAGUCUCACAGCAGCAGUGAACAAAGAUAGCCAAGAGAGGCGUAGCUAGCAGGGUUUUUUUUAGACACCCGCUUCAUAUCAUAUACAGUGUAUCGGUACUUUUAUUGUCCAUCUGUGUGUCUGUGUGUGUGUGUGUGUGUGUGUGUGUCAGCUUCACAAACACCCUUUCCUGCUAGUCUUGACAAUCACGGGACAGCUAACUCAAGGUUUUCCUGCAUUGACAUUCCUGCAGUGCUGUGACCUACAUAUAUUUCAUAUCAAGCAUCAAAUCGGAAUUUUGAGUGAAGUGUUCAGGAAAGGAUUGUGUGUGUGUGUGUGUGUGUGUGUGUGCGUGUGUUUUUGAAUUUGAGUACUGGAAAGGAGAGGUAAGUUUCUGUGUGUGUGUGUGUGUGUGUGUGUGUGUGUGUGUGUGUGUGUGUGUGUGUGUGAGCGCACGCGCUCUGUGUGUGUGAGAGAGAGAAGGUGUGAACCAGAGACCAUAGGCUUAUGCUGUGUGGCUAAGCUAGGUAGGAUGGAUCUGAUGGGGUCAUGACCUUAUCACCCUGUAUCCUGCCUAGAAAAUAGCAGUCACCUCAUUCAGCCUGUGUGUGUGUGUGUGUGUGUGUGUGUGUGUGUGGGUGUGUGUGUGUGUGUGUGUGUGUGUGUGUGUGCUUGUUUAGGUCAGGCUUUGGUUAUGUACUAUAAGUCUGAGACUUGGUCAGUUCCAUGAGUGUUAUCAGCGUUUAUAGAGAUCUGCUAGCACUCUCUGCAGGGCUCGCGCGCUACCUGACCCACGACAGGGCAGACCCGCCUGCCUCCUGCUUUCAGCUGCUCACCACACUGCCACCGAGACAUCAUCACUUAACAUCAUCAUCAUUCAAUACUGAUUCUAGAGUUGUCAUCAAAUGGUGCUUUUUCUGUGCUUGUCUCUAUCUAAGGGAAAUGUGCGUGUGUGCGUGCCUGUGUGUGUGUGUCUGGCUGUCACCGGUGCCUGUAUCGUGACAUUCCCACGUCUAUAAGCCGUACACGUGGGUACGGCAGGGCGUAACGAGCAUGUGGAGCGGCAGGCUCGAUCCAGGCCCACCUCUCACACUCUCAGCCUCCUCGCCUGAGCGCCAGCACAGGACCCUCUGCUCCCAUUCCCUUGUUCUCCCUCUCCUGUGCAUGGAACAAAACGGAGUACAUCAUAUUUAAGGUGAUGAGGGAUAUUUCUUCCUAGGGUCGGGAGCGUCGGUGCAUUCCAGAGACUGCGUUUGAUCCUGCGUUACUACGUGUGUCUUGAGUUACCGACUCUUUAAAUCAUAAAAAAUGAACUUUGCAGAACAUCAAGGGGUUUUUUUUGUUUGUUUUAUUUUGAAAUUAGCUGCUUUCAUAUUUCAUUUUUGUUUUUUAUGCAUUGAUGCUUUUUUUGGAAACGUUGAAGAUGGUAAAAGUGCCUGUUAGAAGGGAUGUGUGUACUAAACUCAUCAUGUCACAUAUUUUACUUUACAUUAUCUACUUUUUUGUUGUUGUACUGACACUUACCUUCCCAUCACAAAAAAUGUCUCAGUCUGUAAGAAAAGGUGUGAUAUGCCCAAGGUUUUGUAUUUUUAUGACUUUUACAUUAUCUAUAUUCUCCAGAGGUAAAAUGGUGUCCCAGAUAACUCCUGUAAGCAGUGCAAUUGGUUUUUUUGCUUAGUCUUUAUACAUACUGUAUGAAAGUGUACACAGCUUUCUCUGUACAUAUCAAAACUAGAAUAAAUAAACAGAAGGCUGUUCCUUCUUCUUGUUUACAGUAA